UCUCUCUCUUUGGCUGAUCGUCUCUCUCCUCUCCUUCCCUCUCUGCCGGUGCAUGCUUUCAGCGAACUCAUCCGCCAUAAGAUGCUCUGUUCUCAAAACAAACAAAAGUGAAGGCUGAAGGCAUGCAAAGCGAGGGCAAGGAGGAGCUCCUCCAGACGAAGCAACCACUUCCUGAGAUCAAAGGACUGAGCUUGGCCAAGGUGUGGCCAGAAAUGAAAUGAAGUCGGCAACAAAGGAAGAGGCUGAAGAGUGAAGACUCAACAUAGCUAGAGAGACGCUGAGCGGCUGAAAGCAUUGGGAGGGAGGAAAGCAGAGAGACAAUCAGAGAGAGAGAUCAGUUGAAGAGGGCCCCGCCACUUUAAAUAGCGACGUCGUUUACUCUACAUUAACCGUUGGGGAAGAUCGCCUCAAGUGGACUUGGUAAACAGAGCUCAAUUGUUCGAGAACAGUCGCCGCGGAAUCUGGCUUAAUGCCUUCGAUCCUGCCUUGAUCCUUCCGUUAUUCAAUCUUUAAUGCGAACCUCAGAUUGAAGUAGACUUCAAGAGGAAGAGGCACCGUCAUGAUUGGCCGGAGACUAGGACCAUUGACGAGGAACAACACUCAGUCUUUGUUCAAAAAAAGAGUCUUAAUCGCUGUAGCAAUCGGGGUCGUUAUUGGUUGUCUCUUCGCUUUCUCAUCCCCCAAUAAUAGGCUCUUCGUUUUGAACAUUCCCCCUAAUCGCAGUCACGGAACUGCAGUGUAUAUGACCCAGACAAAUCCAGCAGCAUGUGAAUCAUCAGAUCGGAUCAACAUGUUGAAAUCAGAGCUUGUUGUGGCAUCAGAGAAAAAUUCUGAGCUGAAAAAACAAGUGAGAGAAUUGACUGAAAGACUUCGGCUUGCAGAGCAAGGGAAAGAUAAAGCUCAUAAGCAGUUUCUUACAUUGGGUACACAGCAUAAAGCCGGGCCUUUUGGUACUGUCAAGGGAUUAAGAACCAACCCUACUGUAGUUCCUGAUGAAUCCGUGAACCCAAGACUGGCAAAGAUAUUAGAAAAAGUCGCAGUGCAAAAGGAACUGAUAGUUGCAGUUGCAAACUUCAAUGUGAAGGACAUCCUGGAAGUCUGGUUUGCCAACAUUAAGAGAGUUGGUAUAUCCAAUUAUCUUGUGGUUGCUUUGGAUGAAGAAACUGCCAAGUUUUGUGAAGCAAGUCAAGUUCCAGUAUACAAGAGAGAUCCGGAUGAAAAUAUUGAUUCUAUUGGAAGAACUGGAGGGAAUCAUGAAGUUUCUGGGCUUAAAUUUCGUAUCCUAAGAGAAUUUCUACAGUUGGGGUAUAGUAUUCUUCUGUCAGAUGUUGACAUUGUAUAUUUACAGAACCCUUUUGAUCAUCUGUUCCGAGACUCAGAUGUAGAGUCCAUGAGCGAUGGUCACGAUAACAUGACAGCUUACGGACACAACGAUUUGUUUGAUGAACCAGAAAUGGGUUGGGCGCGAUAUGUUUCCACUAUGAGGAUAUGGGUUUACAAUUCUGGUUUCUUCUAUAUCAGACCAACAAUCCCUUCAAUUGAGCUUUUGGAUCGUGUGGCUAUUGGACUUUCCAAGGACCCAGAUUCUUGGGACCAGGCUGUUUUCAAUGAGGAACUCUUUACACCCUCAUAUCCGGGCUACAUUGGGCUUCAUGCGGCCAGAAGAACCAUGGACAUAUAUCUUUUCAUGAACAGCAAGGUUUUGUUCAAGACUGUGAGGAAUGAUGGUAAGCUCAGCAAAAUGAAACCAGUGAUUAUUCACGUAAAUUAUCACCCCGACAAGCUUCCGCGAAUGCAAGCAAUUGUUGAAUACUACGUUCAUGGGAAGCAGGAUGCUCUAAAGCCUUUUCCUGAAGGUUAUGAAUGUGUUUAAACAAAUCUUCCGGGAUGAUGAGCUCUCGAGGUUCUCAUGGUCUGUUUGUUGACC